AUGAAGAUUCCGGUGAAGAAGAAAGAUCGAGGCUCAGUGACUAUCCCUUGUACUAUUGGGGAUAGAUCUUUUAAAAAGGCCCUUAUAGACCUGGGGGCAAGUGUGAGUCUCAUACCGUUAUCCAUUUACAAGAGGUUGGGGAUCGGAAAAGUGCAAGAUACCAGAAUGACACUUCAAUUUGAUGACCACUCUGUAAAGAGACCCUAUGGAGUAGUGGAAGAUGUUCUUGUGAAGAUUGAUAAGUUUGUGUUUCCGGUGGACUUUGUCAUCUUAGAAAUGCCGGAAGAUGAAGAGAUACCGCUCAUUCUUGGUAGACCAUUUUUGGAGACACGGAGAUGUUUGAUAGAUAUAGAAGAAGGCACCAUGACUCUAAAAGUUUACGAUGAAGAGUUAAAAAUUGAUGUGCGAAGCACCAUGAGAUACAAAGAUGAUGCGGCCACCAGUCAACACAUAGAGGUGAUUGAUCAAGUGGUUCUGCAAGAAAAUCCUUUAGGUGAACCAAAAUUGCCCUUGGAGAGAGUUCUAAGUCUAUCAAUUUCUGAAGACAGUCAAGAAGUUGAUGAAAAGGAGAGGGGAGUGUUAGAUAUGAUGGAAACACAACCACCCUUUAAAGGAUCUCGAUCACUCCGGUGGGAAAACUUGAGGGAACCUCAGUUGGAGGAAAAGAAAGAUAAGACCAAGAAAGUGGCUGAACUGAAACAACUUCCUGAAAAUCUCAAGUAUGUUUUUCUAGAUUCUGAAAGGAGAUGCCCGACUAUUAUAAGCUCUAAUUUAGAAGGUUCCCGAGAAGACAAGCUCGUCAAGGUUCUGAAGAAGCACAAAAGUGCAAUGGGAUGGGCAAUAGAAGACUUGAAGUGGAUUAGUCCUACGCUCUUGGGUAAGUCCUGUUCAUGUGGUUUUAAAGAAAUGAGGGACUACCAUGAUAAAGAAUGA